GAUGAGAAUGAUUCCCUAGGGAAUAAUCUGGAAGUCAACAUUGAAAGGCUACGGGCAUUAGAAGACGAGAUGAAAGAGCAUACUGUGAUAGCCAGAGAUCAGUUGGAGAUGAUGAAAAGGAAACUGGACUCUAAACUUCAGGAACUGCAAGAGCUUAAAAAUAAUCAAGAGACAGUCAUGAAGGAAAUCAGAGGCACUAAAGUGGAGUUAGAGAAUCACAUUUUAUCUGAAUUUGAGACCAUGCAACAGUUUUUGCACAUUAAGAAAAAUGCAGUGAUUCGCCAACUUGAAGCAGAAGAAUCGGAAAUUCUGAGAAAGCUGCACAGAAACAUGAUCGGCAUUACUGAAGACAUCACAGUUCUUGAGAAAGCAGAUUCUGACAUUCUGUCAUUGCUAAAUGAGGAGGAACCACUCACAUCCCCUCUGGAUCUAAGUGUCAUUAAGGAAACGACUUCAAAAAGCCAAAAGGUGAUGACAUGUAACUUCAGUCUGGGAGUGUACAAAGGCCCUCUUCAGUACAUGACAUGGAAAGAAAUGAUUUCUGUCAUCAAGCCAGUGGUGUCCAACAUUACCAUUGACCCCAAUACAGCACAUCCUGCCUUAAUCCUGUCCGAGGACAUGACCAGUGUGAGACAUGGUGGCAGUACCACACAGCAGCUGCCUGACUGCCCAGAGAGGUUUGAUCCAAGUUUCUGUGUGUUGGGAUCAGAGGGAUUUACUUCAGGAAGACAUUACUGGGAAGUAAAGGUGGGAAACAAGACUGCUUGGGAUCUUGGUGUAGCAAGAGAGUCAGUCAACAGGAAGGGGAGAAUCACUGCAGCACCUAAGUAUGGAGUGUGGGAGCUUUGGCUCAGAAACGAAGAGCAUUAUGCAGCCCUGGAUUUACCAUAUCAGAGUUUGAAGCCAAGUGUGAACCCUCAGAAUAUCGGUGUAUACCUGGAUUAUGAGGGUGGACAGUUGUCAUUUUAUAAUGCUGAUAACAUGUCCCACCUGUACACCUUCACAGACACUUUCACUGAGAAAUUGUUUCCUUUCUUCAACCCUUGUUUUAAUGCUGAAAAUGAAAAUGCAGAACCCCUACAGGUGUUCCAUCUGAAGCUAUAGCCAGCUGGUGUCAACACGGUUAACUGGCAUUUCUUUUAUUUUUUUGUAUUACUUUUCCUGACAGUGUAGAGAAUGGUUUGAAACAGGUGAGCAUUAUUUUAAAAAGGUACACAGAUGGUAAACAGUUGGUGUUGCCAAAAUAAGUUAACGUAAAAUUCAGUAUAAGAUGUCUGUUUGUAUUUUUUAUGUGAAAUGGAAACUUCAAAUGCAGGUAAUUUUAUUAAAAGCAGUAAUCAAUUCAUGCUUUUUAAAUAUGUGUUCUGUAAAUAGUAUCAGUUUGCUUUGAUCAGGACAUGUGUUUCCUGAGCUUUAUGAUUAUGUAAUUUAUAAACAAUUAUGUUUUUUUUUUUUUUUUGCAUUACAUAAAUAUAAAGCAGUGUUAAAAUAGAACUGUAGCAAAUGAUUCAGUGCACAGAGUGCCUUAUUUUAGUGGUGUAUGUUAAGUCUGUUCACUUUAUAGUACAGGAGAAUAAAGGACCUUAGUUUAGUGUA